UUCCGGUGCCUUUAAAUGCUCAGCCAUUAAUCUGAACCCGACACCGAUGGUGUUUUUAACCAAGAAAAUAGCGAUACAUUAUGGCUGUACCUAUUAGUUAAUUGAUUAGGACCUUACAGUGCAAUCAGACGCUUUUAUUUUAUGUUUUAGAGCCGUCGAACUGAAGAACUUAGUUUUUUCUGAGUGCGUUUGUGCUCUGCGAUCGGUCUCGGUUCCUCUUAUUUUCUGCCGCAGUCAGAAAUUGUUUCAGUUCCCUGAGAGAGGAUAACGGCAGCCUGCUGCUACUGCUACUGCUGCUAGUCAAGGCCAGCUAGCGGGAACCAUCGCAGUUCCGACCUAAACGCUCUGUUUAUCCGGACUGGUUGACGUCUCAAUGCUUCGUCAGCAAACUAAACACUCUUGACGUUCGUUUUAUUUUCUGUCUUGUGAAUCUGUUUGACCUUGUGAAGCGAGUUACAUUUGUUCGCGCAGUUAGGCCGUCUGCUCUACGGUAGCUGCUUUGCUAGCACCAGGUUCGGCUAGCAGGCUAACUUUAAUUUUAGUCAGAUAAUGCAGCUGCAUUAGGACACACACACACACACACACACACGUUCACACACAAAAUCAAGCCUCGCCUAAAGGCAGUGUGAAGCAGAGAAAGGCUUGAGAGAAAAGCACAUACAGGCUCUUUGUGACAGGGUUUGCCACCUCCAACACACCAUUUCCUGUGUGCCUUCCUCCUCAACAACAGCAAUGAGCUCGCCGAGAGAAUCACAGGACACAGUGAACCUGCGUCUGAUCCUUGUGAGUGGUAAGACCCAGGACUUCACCUUCUCUCCUAAUGAUUCAGCAACAGACAUUGCUCGCUAUGUCUUUGAAAACUGGCCUGCAGGCUGGGAAGAGGAGCAGGUGAGCAGCCCCAGUAUCCUAAGACUCAUUUUCCAGGGCCGGUUCUUGCAUGGCAACGUCACACUAGGAGCCCUGAAGUUACCUCCUGGCCGAACAACUGUUAUGCACUUGGUUGCCAGAGAGACACUGCCAGAACCCAACUCCCAUGGCCAAAGAAACCGGGAGAAGACUACAGAAAGCAGCUGCUGCUUAUUGCUGUAAAACAGAAGAGAGAACAACUCCCUGAUCCCUGAACAUGCCUUCUAUUCCUCAAUUUCUGCUCCCUUUUUCUGCUCGCCAACCUAUGAUGCAUUCUGAGUGAUUAUAAAAUGGCUCAGCGGGCCAGAUCAAUUACUUUCAUUCACUUUAUUCCUGUAUAGUAGCUGGAAACCUUCUGUGCCAAGUACUCAAUCUCAUUCUCUCAUUUGCCCUAGUUUUUGCCAAAUUUCUUUUUGCUUUGUAAAACCAUGAUCCUGUGUACAUAGAGCUCUAUUAAAAAUCCAAAUAUCAAAUAUUCAGAUAAUUAAAAAGGAAAAUGUAAAAUAGAAGUGUAAGAAACACUUUAGAGAUUUUCUUGUACUUUAGAGAGAGAAUAUUGAGGUUCCUUUCUCCACAUAUACAGAGUAUUUCCUGACUGGAAUUAUAGUUUUGGACAUGGCUUUGCUCUUAAGAGCGAGCUGGCACUUAAACUCGCACAUUUGAUCAUUGCACUCUACUCAGACGCUUAUCUGAAGAACACAGUGGUUGACUUCACUUCAUCACUUCUCAGCUGACCUAACCUGUUUGAAUAUCUCUUGCUUUCUACAAAUAGGACAAGAAAGAGUUUGACCUAAUAUAAGUGGACUGAUAGGACAUGCCAUGACCACCCCAUAUGCCUUUGACGCUGGACCAAGCAAGAGAAUUUAUUCAUAAGGUCCCCCACCCCCGAAGUGACGACUAUGUCGACACCUGUGCAUGCCCUAGUCUAGUGUUUUAUUACCCUGGGUGUGUACCUGAGUUCUUGGAAAACUGUUCACCUCUUGUGUGCUUGAAGAUUUGUCUGCCUGGAAAAGAAGGAAGUGAAAAGGCUGGCAAAUGUGCUUGAACUGUGAGAAACUCAUCUCCUUAGCCACAUAGACACACUUUGUCUGCUAUGAUGUCCUGAGGGACAGUCACCAUCGUCUGAUGCAAAGAAUUAAAAGAAGGGAAUUGUCAGUGGGCUCCUGUCCGAAAGCCUUGGCCAUAAAGGAUACAUUGUAAGCAUGGUGGAUUCCUGGGGCACAACGAAGAGCUCCACUGGCAUCCAAAAAGACUGCAAGCGAACAGGGGGUGGUGUCCCUUAAUGGGCCCCAUCAGGGGGCUAGGAGGAAAAAUGGGUGUUUUAUUUCCUAAUGUUUGUAUGCUGUCUGCUUUUCUUUUGACUUUGAAUUGUGGAGAAUUAAUAUUAAUAUUAAUAACAAUGGAAUUCUAAACAAAGUUAUUUGUAAUCUUGUGUCAGUGUAUUUCAGCUUUUAAUUGCUACACAUUUAAAAGAUGACUGGUGUGAGUGUGAGGCGGGUUUUUGUGGAGGGGUAGCCCAAAUGAUAUGGGAGAACAGAUCAGUAAUGGGUGACCAUGCCCAGUGGUCUUCCCUCUUCCUUUGAGUGGUUAUCCUUCAGUGAGUGUGUGUAUUCAAAACUAUCACCGCUAUAAAAUUAGCUUCAGAAUAUUAAAUGUAAAAAUACAGUAUGCCUAAAAUCCUGUAUUAUAAAAUAAUUAAAAAAUCUUUCAACUAA